CAGCAGCUCACAAAGCAGGAGAAGAUUAACCCUAGCAGUGCUGAAGACAGAUGUACAAUGAACACAAGCUCAAGGACAUCUGCGUCCAAACAUUAUUAAACACUCGGAAACCCACUUUAAAAAUUGCGAUUUAUGGACCAUUUUGCUCAUCUAGAGGCUCUUGAAAUGAAACUGGAAAUCACCCGACUGUUACCAGGAAGACUUGCUGCUAUGUUCUACUUUUAUUUCUCUGGAGUAAACAGCUGGAUGAAACUAACCUUAAAAAUGCAUGACUAUUGACAAUACCGUAGUAUCAGAUUCAAGAUUUGAGGGAUACAAAAAAAUCUAACAUUUAACAUCUGCUACAGAGUAAAUAUUUGCCAUGAUGCUAAUAUACAGUAUAUAGCCCCCAAUAAUGCAAACUAGAUGUAAGGUACAGUAAAACAAAACAAAAAAGUCUGCCUGUCAAGAUGACCUCGGAGGAUGUGGCUGCUUCUGUUAUUUUACCCUCAGUAGAUGGAAAAGUGAUAUCUUCUCAGUCAAGUGGAGAUGAAAAUUCUAAGAAUACUUUGGAUAGUAGUGUUAUAAAAAGAUCCAGAACAGUCCAAGACCGAGAGAAUGUGAAGACUGCGGCCUCCAUAUAUAGGUUAAAAGGUCACCACGGAGAGAAUUCUGCGAAGUCUUUUUUAAUAACAAGCCACGAAGAAACCCGAGAAAAUGUGACUGAUGAAAAAGCUCUACAAGAGAAACCUGGCAUAUCAAAUGCUGUUGACUGCUUCAGCAUAAGCAGUAAAGCCUUAGAGAAGGCCUGCAAAGCCAACCUGGGUUUUAAUCAGUUUUGCAAGUCGUACAACCCUCUAAAAGGUAAAAAUGUCUGCCUAGAGCCUCCGCUUCCCGCAGUGCUUAAAGAAGUUAAUUUUAGAGUGGAUAGAUCACUGGUGGACAGGAGGGCAUUAGAGGGUCAGUUAAUAGUAAGUGAUCACUGCACAGAUGCCGUUAGCUGCAUUCCUCCGUUGCAUCGAUCGUAUACCGCUCAGAAGAGCGCCUUGUGUUCCACAAAUAACCCAUGUAUUUUGGGCAGCCAUUUGCAGACAAUGAAAAGAAAUUGCUUUGGCAGUUUUGUCUCCGGCUCCCGUCAUCUAAACAGUCGUUGUGAAAGCUGUGACAACAACGAUGGACGCGUAACGCUCUGUACGAAAGGAGGUCAUCAUGUGAAUAAUCAAUCAAGGUUGUACUCGGAAAAAGCGCCAGGGUUUCCAGGUGACUGCGCUCAUGGCCAGGAUUUACUCUGUGUAAUGUCCUCAAAUCCAUUAGAAAGUCAGGAGACCUGUGAAAGCUUCAUGGAUGAAAUAGAUCAUGAUUUGUCGAGGAGCAGAAAAGACCGCUCAACUCUGCUGGUCAGGAGGUAUUGUAAAAAUGAUAAGGAGGUGAAAAAGUCUGUUUAUACUGGAACAAGUGCGAUUGUGAAGUCUUUGCCUUCUGGCCACAUUGGGACGAGAGCUUGCUGCUUUGUUGAGAGCAAACAAGAAGGGACAAAUGACCUGAAGUGGCACUGGAUAGCUGCUCAAUGCCUGGCAUCUGUGCAAGGGUCAGCCAGAAGAGGAGAUCUGCUCUGCUACUUGGUGAGAAUGACAGCGUGUGAGGUUUGCAGUGAAGGUCAUGGGGAAGAGGACCAUUUGGAUUUGUCUGUAUGCCUGCUCGAAAAACCAUUGAUCUCUGUCCUACAUGAAAAGCAAAAUGCUGGAUUUUAUGCAACUUUGCAAAGGACUUCCAUUUCUCAGUACAUAAGUGGAGCCUUGCUGGAAGCUACAGCAUUGUUGGGUGCGAGAAGUGGACCUUUGUUCAGUGGGACAACUGGAAGAACAAUACUGAAAGAACGCCAGCCGUGCUCCACAAUGGCAGCAUCAAAUUCCCAGACAGCAAGUGCAGUUGGACUGAGUAAAGAGUUGGUGGAUCUUCAGCAUCUCAUUCAGUUCCCAGAAGAGAUUGCGAGCAUUCUUACUGAUCAAGAACAGGACAUUUAUCGGAAAGUGUUGCCUAUUGAUUACCUCUGCUUUUUAACAAAAGAUCUUGGAAGUCCUUUAUGUUUGACCAACUUUUCAGACAUUAAAACAUCUUUACCUGCAUCUCUGUUGGAGAUGAAGAAUGGAGAACAUAAGACUGUAGAAGGACUUGUGGCAAGAUUUAAUGAGGUUAGCUCAUGGGUGACCUGGCUGAUCCUUGCUGCGGGGUCCAUGGAGGAGAAGCGGGAAGUGUUCUCCCAUUUGGUGCAUAUCGCAAAGUGUUGUUGGAAUAUGGGCAAUUACAACGCUGUGAUGGAGUUUCUGGCAGGACUCAGGUCAAGGAAAGUGUUGAAAAUGUGGCAGUUUAUGGAUCAAAGUGAUAUCGAAACGAUGAGAAGCUUGAAAGAUGCCAUGGCUCACCACGAAUCUUCCUCAGAAUACAGAAAAGUGGUGAACAGAGCCUUAAAUAUCCCAGGUUGCAAGGUUGUUCCUUUCUGUGGAGUCUUUUUAAAAGAACUGUGUGAAGUUCUCGAUGGAGCCUCAAGUUUAAUAAAACUGUGUCCUCGCUACAAUUCUCAGAAUGAAACACUGGAGUUUGUGUCUGACUACAAUGGGCAAGACAACUUUAUUCAGCGAGUAGGAAAAGAUGGCUUAAACAGUACCGAGAAAGAAUCUACCGUCAAUAAUAUCAUGCAGACCAUUCGUAGCUGCAACCGCAGCCUGGAAUCUGAAGAAGGUGAAGACAAUGGUAGCGAAAACGGCACCCUGAGAAAAAACUCUAUCAUGGACAGAAGCCGAUUUCACUCAAAGAAAAGUCAUGAGUCAAACAGAGUUCUAUUUAUAAUGGGAGACUUAUCAGAUUCUGAAACGGAUAUUUUCGAUCAGUCCAAGGAAUAUGAUUUGCAUGGUUCUGAGGAGCAGCAGAAAGCAUUUAGCCACGGUACGGAACUCAUUCCCUGGUACGUGUUAUCGAUUAGAGCCGACGUCUACCAAUUCCUUCAGCAAGGAGUCACUGUCAUCCGGUACGACCAGGAGACGCACAUUUCUGUUCGCUGCUUUCUCCAGCUUCAGCCAGAUAAUAGCACUCUGACUUGGAUAAAACCUUCCACCACUUGCCUUGCAAGUAAUAAAAAUAAAUUGGGUGCCCCUGGUAGCGCUGCAGAGGUGAAAUUUCAGUUCCUUGCUAAUGCUGGAAUGAAUGGACUUGCAGAAGGCGUCUUGGACUUGUUCUCGGUGAAGGCUGUUUACAUGGGGCAUCCGGGCAUUGAUAUGCACACUGUGUGUGUUCAAAACAAACUAUGUAACAUGAACCUGGAAGAAAAUGGUGUCACGCUGCUUUUUGGACUUCACACUACUGAGAACAAGUUGUUGCAUUUUGUCGCUCCAAAAUACACAGCUAAGACUAUGUAUGAUGGACUGCUGGAGCUAACUAGGGCUGUAAGGAAGAUAAAGAACUUUCCCGAUCAGAGACUGCAGUGGCUGAGGAAGCAGUAUGUCAGUCUCUACCAGGAGGAUAACAGAUUUGAAGGACCAACGUUGGCACAAGCUAUUGAGCUGUUUGGAGGCAGACGCUGGAGCGCAAAGAACACAAGCACGGGAACACUAACUAAAAGCACUGAGAAACCCAACGUGCAGCGCAACAAUACUCUGGGGAUCAAUGCAGCCAAGAAGAAGAAGAAAGUACUUAUGCGGGGUGAAAGCGGGGAUGCUGCGGACGAUGAGAUGGCAACAAGGAAAAGUAAAAGCUGCAAAGAAAGUCGAAGCAGAAGUGGUUCAGAUCCACCGGAAACUGAUGAGCAGGAAGAGCAAGAUCAGAAUACCGUAGCCGCUUUUCACUCGUCUCACACUCUUCCGUCAAGAAGAGCUCACUCAGUGUCUGCUUCUGGAUCUCCGAAUUUAAACCCUUGGUCCACAACACCUAUACCUAUCAGGCCUGCAUCUUCACCCAUCUUGUCCAGCUCCAUAAAGCCCCCAUCUGCCACAUGGAGCAGUUCUAGUUGGCAUGGACGUGUCAAGGGUGGGAUGAAAGGCUUUCAAUCAUUUAUGGUUUCGGAUAGCAACAUGAAUUUCGUUGAGUUUGUAGAACUUUUCAAAUCCUUCAGUGUACGAAGCCGCAAAGACCUCAAAGACCUUUUUGAUAUCUAUGCCGUUGCUUGCAGCCGUUUGGGUUCAGAGCACAUUCCUCUUUACACUAAUUUGACAAUUGAUGAAAAUGUCUCCGGUGUUCAGCCAGAUUUAGAUUUAUUGACCAGAAACGUAUCAGACUUAGGUUUAUUCAUUCGGAGUAGGCAACAUUUGUCCGAAAAUCAGAGGCAAAUUUCUGACGCAAUUGCUGCCGCCAGCAUCGUAACCAAUGGCACUGGAGUGGAAAGCACUUCCCUUGGAAUAUUUGCGAUGGGGAUACUGCAGUUUAAUGACUUCUUAGUCAAUUGCCAAGGUGAACACUACAGUUACGAUGAGGUCCUCAGCAUCAUUCAGAAAUUUGAGCCAAGCAUUAGCAUGCGGCAGCAAGGACUUAUGUCAUUUGAAGGGUUUGCAAGGUAUCUUAUGGAUAAAGACAACUUUGCCUCCAGAAAUGACGAGUCACAGAUAAAUGUAGAUGAUCUGCACUUUCCUCUGUCUUAUUACUUCAUUGAAUCUUCGCACAAUACAUACCUUACUGGUCAUCAGCUGAAAGGCGAAUCCUCUGUGGAGCUCUACAGUCAGGUUCUUUUACAAGGCUGCAGAAGUGUGGAAUUAGAUUGCUGGGAUGGAGAUGACGGCAUGCCUAUUAUUUAUCAUGGCCACACACUUACAACUAAAAUCCCCUUUAAGGAUGUUAUAGAGGCCAUUGAUCGUAACGCAUUCAUCAACUCUGAAAUGCCGAUUGUACUGUCCAUAGAGAAUCACUGCUCUCUACCGCAGCAGCGCAAGAUGGCGGAUAUAUUCAAGACUGUAUUUGGAGAAAAGCUGGUGACCAAGUUCCUAUUUGAGAGCGAUUUUUCUGAUGACCCAAUGUUACCUUCUCCGUGGCAGCUCAGGAAAAAAGUGCUUUUGAAAAACAAGAAACUUAAAGCACAUCAGACGCCUGUAGAUAUUCUGAAACAGAAGGCACAUCAGCUUGCCAGCAUGCAGGCACAAGCAAGCAAUGGUAACCAAAUGAUGAAUACCAGCGCCAACAAUGAAGAGGAAGAGGAUGAUGAGGACGACUACGAUUAUGACUAUGAAUCCCUUUCGGAUGCUGAUGGUCUUAAUGCUUCCCCUGCGCCUAACAGCCAGGAAGAUAAUAUACUCGAUGAUCGUCCUGAAAUGAAACUGUGCAGUGAUAAGCUGCAGUUUGAAUAUAAUGAGGAAGCUCCCAAGAGAAUCAAGAAAACAGAUGGCAGCAUUGUUGGCAAUAAAGGAAAGGUCUAUGACAUGGAACUAGAUGAAGAGUUUUAUCUCCCUCAAAACAAGAAGGAAAGUAGACAAAUUGCCCCAGAACUAUCAGACCUUAUCAUCUAUUGCCAAGCUGUGAAAUUUCCUGGCCUUUCAACAUUAAACCCAAGUGGAUCUGGCAGAGGAAAGGACAGAAGAGUCAGGAAGUCCAUUUUUGGCAACAAUCCUGGUAGAACAAGCCCCGGGGAACCAACAACACUGGCCAAAACAUCUGGAAAAGGGACGGCUGAAACGCGGCAGAGCCCGGAGGAGCCAUGUUCACCUCCUUUCAACCCAAGCACUUCAUUAAGCGCCAUCAUUCGAACACCCAGGUGCUAUCACAUCUCGUCACUGAAUGAAAACGCUGCCAAGCGUCUGUGCAGGCGCUAUUCUCAGAAACUGAUUCAGCAUACUUCCUAUCAGCUACUAAGAACAUAUCCAGCGGCUACACGCAUUGACUCCUCCAAUCCCCAUCCGCUUAUUUUUUGGCUUCAUGGAGUACAAUUGGUUGCACUUAACUAUCAAACUGAUGACCUCCCUCUGCAGUUGAAUGCCGCCAUGUUUGAAGCCAACGGAGGGUGCGGCUAUGUGUUAAAGCCACCAGUAUUAUGGGAUAAGGGCUGCCCCAUGCACCAGUCAUUCUCACCGCUCGAUCGCGAUAUAGAAGGCAUGGAACCAGCAAUAUACUCACUAUCUAUUGUCUCAGGACAGAAUGUCUGUCCAAGUAACAGUACAGGAAGUCCUUGCAUUGAGAUUGAUGUGCUGGGGAUGCCGGUGGACAGCUGUCACUUCAGAACUAAACCAAUCCAUCGCAAUACUUUAAACCCAAUGUGGAAUGAACAGUUUAUGUUUCGCGUCUACUUCGAAGAUCUUGUAUUUCUCCGAUUUGCCGUGGUUGAAAACAACAGCUCUGCCGUGACUGCCCAAAGAAUUAUUCCUCUUAAAGUUCUGAAGAGAGGCUACAGACAUUUACAGCUUCGCAACUUACAUAAUGAGUCUUUGGAGAUCUCCACCCUGUUCAUUAACAGCAGAAGGAUGGAAGAGAUCCCCAGUGGUAGUCUGCCAGCCUCUGUGGUUUUUAGUUCAGAAGAAAGGAGAGAAGCAUCAACAUUUAAAGUCACGGUGCAUGGGUUACCUGGUCCAGAGCCGUUCUCCGUAUUCUCUAUAAAUAGUGGGACAACUGCAAAGCAACUGCUAGAUCAAAUUCUGGCUACUAAAAACAGACCUGAAACAUGCAAGGACUAUUUCUUAUUGGAAGAAAAGUGUUUUAUAUCAAAAGACAAAAAUGAAUGCAGGAAACUUCCAUUUCAAAGGGUGCUGGGCCCAGAAGAAGACAUCUUGCAGAUCCUGAAUAGCUGGUUUCCAGAAGAAGGCUAUGUUGGAAGAAUUAUACUUAAAACUCAAGAAGAAAACCUAAAUGAUAAAAAUGUAUGUGUGGAGGAAAAGGAAGAAAAGGAGCCAGCGGUCACCUCAGAUGACGAGAGCUUCUUUGUCCAGGUGCAUGAUGUGUCUCCAGAACAGCCGCGCACAGUUAUACGGGCUUUACGCUUCAGUACAGCACAGGAUGUUAUUCAGCAGGCUCUCAUCAAAGCCAAAUAUUCCUACACCAUUCUGAACAAUCCUAACCCAAGUGACUAUGUGCUUCUGGAGGAAGUGACAAAAGACUCCUCAACCAAGAAGUCGUCGACCACAAAAACAACCCAGAGGGUCCUUUCUGACCACGAGUGUGUAUUCCAGGCACAAAGCAAAUGGAAAGGAGCGGGGAAAUUCAUCCUUAAAUUAAAGGAGCAGGUCCAGGCAGCAAGAGAUGAUAAGAGAAAAGGCAUUUCUAUUGCUAGUGAACUGAAGAAACUAGCGAAAUCAAGCCGGCAGUCUCGGAACUUCACGCCGUCGCCUCAGAUCAUGUCACCAGAAGGGUUCUGUUCAUGCUAUGACGUAGUGAGAAGAAAAGCAGAAGAAAUGGCUUCAGCAGGGGACAGACAAGCUGGAGGACAUCUAUCCCGCUGUAGGAGAUUAACUGCACCUUGGUACCUUCAGUUACUGAAAAAUUGGAAACUGCCAAAAUGACGCAAAUAAGACAAUUGUAGUGGAAUUCACGAGCACAUUGCCUUUAUCGGUGGCCACAGCCGAUUUCCUGUGGCGCUCACUGCAUGGCAGGAGCUUUUGGGUGGAGCGGAGGCUGAAGAAUAGCGUUAUCAGCGUCUUAGUCGUUCUUGACCUGAAUGUGAAGCCUGGUGGACAGAAAGAACACAGGAACUCAGAUUUGGAGGUGAAGUCUAUUGACUUCAGGGCAUUGCUAAGGAAUAUUUGGGGGCAUGUAUAUUACUGUACAUAGAAACCCCAGUGAAAUGACAUCCCAGAUGUGAUGAUCCAUAAUAGUCUUAAAUGGAAGCACUGCAAGACAGUGAUGGUAGAGGCGGUAUGGAGCAGAGGAGCGCAGGUUCUGCAGCGCGCUGCAAUUUCCUGCGCUCUUCGCUCUAUGAGGAGUCAAGGCUUCCCGCAGUGUUUCAUAUUUUUAUUUUAUUUAAUAGUUGUGUUCAUACAUCUUUUAUUCUACGUAUGUAGCACCUUAUGAAUUUAGUACUUGUUGGUGUCAGACACUACUCUUUAUUUAAGAUUUAUGUUUUAUGGGUUUACAGACAACUGAAUUCAAAAAAAGUUUUAUUUUUAUUUUUUAAUGAUGUACUCGAUAAAUGGCUUAACCCAAUGGACGGACAGCUGUACCCAGCAUGGACUAGAAGGGUGACACUGCCCUAGUUUCUUGCAGCAUUGGCACCGCUGUCACUUACCACAGAUACAUUAUAUAGCGCCUCUAUCUCUAAGCUACUUUCAAUGACGCUUAACGAGAGGUCAACACAUAGGACAUUGGAGAUGGAUGGAUUCAUCUUCAGCAUGAACCCGUUCUGCUGUACACUUUUACUGAAGCCAUACUUGUAGUUCUGUGUGUAUAUUAUGCUUUUUAUUGUUUUGUGAGACCGGCCGUUAAAGGGAAAUUCUAUUUAUAUUGCUAUCACAAAUUUAGCCUUUUGAGCUAGGUAUCUUUUUUGUGCUUCUGGCCGUGGUGCACACUAUUACUUGGGCACUGAUGAUGGCCAAAGAUCAGCCUAAAGGGGUUAUCCCAUGAUUAAUGUAAAAAAUGAAUAUCCAAUGUCAUAUAGUAACACACUUAGAACCAGCCCUG